UCCGGACUGCAAGCCUGCACUGUGCUGAGAGAGAGAUGACUUGAGUGGCCAGCAUUUUUUUUUUUUUAAUCUCCACAACAAUGUCUAUGAACAAUUCCAAACAGCCAGUAUCUCCUGCAGCUGGGCUCCUUUCCAAUACAACUUGCCAGACGGACAACCGGUUUUCGGUAUUUUUUUCAAUCAUCUUCAUGACAGUGGGAAUUUUAUCAAACAGCCUUGCCAUUGCUAUUCUCAUGAAGGCCUAUCAAAGAUUUAGACAGAAGUCCAAGGCAUCAUUUCUACUUUUGGCCAGUGCCCUGGUAAUCACAGACUUCUUUGGCCACCUCAUCAAUGGAGCUAUAGCAGUCUUUGUGUACGCUUCUGAUAAAGACUGGAUCCGCUUUGACCAGUCGAACAUCCUUUGCAGUAUUUUUGGUAUCUGCAUGGUAUUCUCUGGUCUAUGUCUGCUUUUUCUAGGCAGUGUGAUGGCCAUUGAGCGAUGUAUUGGAGUCACCAAGCCAAUAUUUCAUUCAACGAAAAUCACAUCCAAACAUGUGAAAAUGAUGUUGAGUGGAGUGUGCUUGUUUGCUGUUUUCAUAGCUUUGCUACCCAUCCUUGGGCAUCGAAACUAUAAAAUUCAAGCUUCGAGGACCUGGUGUUUCUACAAAACAGAGCACAUCAAAGACUGGGAAGAUAGGUUUUACCUUCUACUCUUUUCUUUUCUGGGGCUCUUAGCCCUUGGCAUUUCAUUCUUGUGCAAUGCCAUCACAGGAAUUACACUUUUAAGAGUUAAAUUUAAAAGUCAGCAGCACAGACAAGGCAGGUCUCAUCAUUUUGAAAUGGUCAUCCAGCUCCUGGCUAUUAUGUGUGUCUCCUGCAUUUGCUGGAGUCCAUUUCUGGUAAGAGCCUAA